CCAGGAGGCUGGAGGAAGGAAGACAGGGAGGGGGGGGAGGCAGCGACACGCAUCAUCCGGAGAGGAGCGUUUUGUCAGGGAGGCUGGCCGACAAAUAGCACGGAACAGUAAGAAACUGAUCGAAAAUUCAAGGAAAACACUCAAUUAGAAGCCGGAGUAGGACUUUGCAGUUGGAUAUUUUCGCACAAUUAGCCUAUAGACUCUAUUUUUUGAAGGAUAUUGGUCCAGGGAAGAAAGUCAGUUCAUGAUUGUUCCAGAAGCGCAUGCAGAUCCAACACAACUGAUUGGGAAUCAGCCAAUUCCUGUUUUGUUAUGCAACUCAAAUUAAUUUUAUAGAAAGUGCCCUGGUAUUUGUUUUCUAGUGCUCUUUCUGUGGUGCUUUCGGGGGCAGCUGGGAUUACUGAGGCCGGUCGUUCAUUUCGGUGUGUGUGUGUGGGGGGGUAGGACCAUAGUGGACGCGUGAUAGUCGAGGUUGGACUCCACGGAGAGAAGAUGUCGGGUCAGACGCUGACGGACCGCAUCGCCGCGGCGCAGUACACCCUGACGGGAUCCGAGGUCUGCCGAGCUGUGUGUAAAUCCACCACACAUGAACAGACAGCUCCAAAGAAAAAGCACCUGGAAUACUUGAUCCAGGCCACCCAGGAGACCAAUGUGAACGUCCCCCAGAUGGCUGACACACUGAUGGAGAGGGCCGGCAACGCCAGCUGGGUGGUGGUUUUCAAAGCCCUGAUCACCACACACCACCUCAUGGUGCAUGGCAACGAGAGAUUCCUGCAGUUCCUGGCAUCUAGAAACACCUUGUUCAACCUCAGCAACUUCCUGGACAAAACUGGCUCCCACGGCUAUGACAUGUCCACGUUCAUCAGACGCUACAGCCGCUAUCUUAAUGAGAAGGCCUUCGCCUACAGACAGAUGGCUUUUGACUUUGUCCGAGUCAAGAAAGGAGCUGAGGGAGUGAUGAGGACCAUGACAGUAGAGAAGCUGUUGAAAGGAAUGCCCACCCUGCAGAGCCAGAUCGACGCACUGCUGGAUUUUGAAGUGCAUGCACCGGAACUGAACCAUGCAGUGAUAAAUGCCUGCUUUCUCCUGCUCUUUAAAGAUCUGAUCAAGUUAUAUGCCUGCUACAAUGACGGCAUCAUUAACCUGCUAGAAAAAUUUUUCCAGAUGAAGAGAAGCCAGUGUAAAGACGGGCUGGAGAUCUACAAAAGAUUCCUAACACGAAUGACUCGGGUUUCAGAAUUCUUCAAAAUUGCUGAGACAGUGGGAAUAGACAAAAAUGACAUACCUGAACUCACUCAGGCCCCAGAAAGUCUUCUGGAGUCCCUGGAGACCCACCUUAACACACUGGAGGGGAAGAAGCCAGAGGAUAAGUCGCCCACUAAGGAUGCUACAGCCAACAACAGCUCACCGGCUCCUGCUGCUCCACCGCCGAGGCACACGCAUGCGGCUGCUGCUGGCGGACCCCCUGCUCGCCCCGGGCCACCUGCCAAACCUCCUCCGCCUUCUAUCACCCCGACUGCACCAGCCCCUACCACCACUACCAGCAAUGCUCUUGAUGAUGGGUUCUUGUUGGAUCUGGACCCCAUGUCCUCAUCAGCAAAGGGUGCUACAGCGCUUUCCUCCACAACUGGAUGGGGAGAUCUCUUGGCUGAGGCAGCUCCGGCUGCCACUGAUGAAGCCUCUGAAGCUCUCCUAGGGGAGGGAGAGUCUUCUACCCCUGCUGCUGCUGAUGUAGCGGCUGCUGUUCCUGCAGCUCCUGCCCCCAAAGCCACUGCCGCUGCAGCUGCACCAGCGCCCGCCUCGCUGCCAGUUUCUGCUCCCGCUUCAGCCCCAGACAUGGACCUUUUCGGAGAUGCGUUUGCACCUUCUCCAGGAGACGGUCCUGCUGCCGUGGCCGCGGGCCCUGCUGCUGAUGCAUUUGGUGGAUCUGACCCCUUCGCUACGACGGAGGGUAGUGGGGACAUUGCUCCAGAGCUGGACCUGUUCGCUAUGAGGCCCUCCGACACGGGGGCCACCGCUGUCACCCCUCCCACCUCUAGUGAGGCACCGACCAUCGUCGCCCCCAUCGCUGCCCCCGCUGCCCCCAUCCCUUCCACCACCACCACUACCACCACAACCACCACCGACACCACCACCACAGAGUCUGCAGCCGCUCCGACUCUAGAUAUCUUUGGUGAUAUGUUUGAUUCUAUGCCUGAGCAAAGCCCUACCACAGAAUCCAAAGCUGCUACCACUCCUAGCGUAGACCUUUUUGGUGCAGACCUUCCUGCUGUUUCACGCGGGCCCUCACCUUUGCCCGAGCCUGCUCCGGCUGGAGACAUCGUGACCGACUCAUUUUCAGCUCCUGCUCCUGUUGAUGCUCCUGACGAUGCUCCCGAAGCAGAUUCCAGCCCAGAGGCCUCCUCUCCACCAAAAGCAGAACCAGCAGCUGUCAUUGACCUGCUGGACUCCUUCAGCAGUUCUGUGGAGGAGCCGCAGAUCUCUGCUCCUGGAGGGCCUGGAGACGACCUGCUGGGAGGCCUGAUGUCCCCCACCCUGGCUCCCACUGCUGCCCCAGCUUUAGCCCCAGCCUUGGCUCCAGCUCCAGCCUUGGCUCCGGUGCAAAACGACCUCCUCGAGUCAGGCUUUGAUGCUCUGGGCUGCCUCAGCACUCCAACACCACCUGUACCUGCUGUAGUACCAAUAAUACCAGCAGUACAAGAACCUGCAACCACCACACCGGCACCCUCUGGUGGAUUUGAUGCUUCAAUGUUCGAUGGAUUAGGCGACUUGCUGAUGCCCGCCAUAACGCCCCAGAGCACUGGGGGCAGCACUGCUGGAAGCACAGCAGGAAGCAUGGGAACUCCUGUCGCAACGGGAGGCAUUGUGGCCGCUCCUCCUGCCACCCCACCUCCUACCAAAACUGUCGGAGGAGACCUGGACUCAUCACUGGCCAACCUGAUUGGAGAUCUUGGAGUAAAGAAAAAGGACCCACAGAGUGAGAAGAAACUGACAGGAGGCGCCAACUGGAUGCCACAUGUAGCUCCCACAAGCUGGGCUACACCAGGAGCCCCCAUGGCUGGUGCCACACCUGGAGCCCCUGGGGCACCAGUAGCAGCCAUGGUGCCACCAAUGAGCGCACAGCCUGGCUUUGGCAUGCCCCCUGCAGGAGGGCCUGGAGCUCCAAUGAUGCAGCCCAUGAUGGGGCAGCCUAUGAUGGGACAGCCCAUGAUGAGACCUCCCUUCACUGGGGUGGCUGGAGCUGCACCCGGAGCCGCUGCACCCGGAGCACCGCUUCCUCCAGGACCUGCAAGCCAGAGCCCCAAGAAACCUAAGGAUCCUUUGGCAGAUCUCGACCUCAAAGACUUCUUAUAAUGCCCCAGCCGCUUUCUUCUCUGGACCAGGGCCCUCUCACCUUUUACCUGAUGUCUGUCAACAUCUCAGGAUGUUCAGCUACUCAACCUUAUAAGAGCCUCUUAUCUCCACCCUCCCAUCAACACCCCACCCCUCUCCUGUGUGAUGUCGUAGCACAAACUGUGAAAGUGAACCAUAGCGGAUUAUAUAUAUAUAUAUGAGAAAAAAACAAACAAGCGUGUGCUUAUGUAGAUGUACUAAUCUUUUGUCUAAACAAAAUCACUCAAAACCCUUACAAAAAAAGUCCACAAAAGUAUGUGAAAGAAAGUGAAGGCGUAUGUGUUUAGAUUUCUCUUUGUGUUGAGUUGAAUGAUGGAUGUGCUUUGGUGUCCUAAGCCCCGACCACCACCCCAUAUUUGUCCCGCCUCCUUAUAAAGGGGGAGGAGCUCUUCUUUGUCCCACUCUGAUUGGAUGAGAGUGGUAAACGAAGCCCCGGUAGAUUUUUGAAGAAACAUGUUGUGUGUUGUUUACAGAAAGGUCCUCGCUGAUGUACAUAGAUUUCUCUGGCGAGGAUUACGUCUCUAUUCUGUAUGUCUGUUGAAGAGAAAUAUAAAUGUGAAUCUGACAUGAAAUUGUAAGAAGUCGUGUGAGUAUCCUUCUAUUUCCCGUCAUCUUUUGAAAGUAUUUGGAAACAAAUAUGAAUACCGCUAUAUGAUUAAUAUACUGUAUAUUAAGAAAUAACUUCCAUGGGCUUCUGAAUCCUACCAGACCAGCAAGUGAUACUUUUUGUUGUUUGUUUGGUUUUUUACUUGUGGCUUAUUUUUCUAUGUUUCUUUAUUUGUCUUUUUGUCCAAUGUUCUUUAUAUGUUCUGUUUCUGUUAGAAUAAUCCUCCAGACCGGUGUCGAUAUUUGCUGGCAUUGCAAUUAAAGAACAUAUCUUACAACAGAGAAAAUGCUUUAGUUAUUCGUCAGAGGUAAACUCAUUAUAACUGCAGUUUUGACACUACCCAUGUGUAUAUGUCCGUUGCCUGUUCUUUCACUAUUACAAUGACCAGGUCAGUAUGAUUAUUUUUGUAUUUCGAGUGUAAGAUAUUCCAUUGCCAUACCGAACUUGAUGCUCAGACAGAUCAAAUACAUACAAUAGCAGCAAACCAGUAUUUUGAUCCAGCAGGAAGGACUUAACUGGCUUUGCUCACUUUGCACAAGUCAGGAACAUAUUAAAGGUACCCUGUCAAGUUCUAUUUACUCUAAUAUCCCUUUUCCUCCAUCAUUGAAUGGGUUCAGUUACGGUUUUGACCAAAAAUAAAUUGGAACUGGACCCCAAAUGUUGGUUCAAGAGGGCAAAGCGUAUUCUACAGGUUGGAAAGAGAAGAUGCAUAUAUGAGUCUCUGACAUCUUUUAUCACUAAUAGUUGGUCCAGAUGUGUAGGGAAAUAGGUGUCUCACUAAAUAAUGUUUAGGUGUAUGCUUGCUGCCUGCCUUUUGAACAAAUCAAAUCCACAUUGUUUACAAAUAAAACGGGCCUGAUCAUCAAAAGCGUUGUUUCAUUGCCCUUCUAGUGGUCAAAAACUUCACAGGGUACCUUUAAGUUCCGUGUGACUUACCUGUCUGUUGAAACCAGUGCUUUUGGACAAAGUGGUGAAAGUGACAGUGUGUAUGCCUGCACUGCUGCUUCAAAAAUAUAAUUACAGCAGAUUAAUAAUGGAGAGAAAAAAAACAACAAAUAAUCACAUUUGAUUGCUGUUUGAAUAUAACUUUUGUUCAAGUUGUUCAUAUGAUCAUUGCUGACCUUUGACCCAUUGUCAGUUAAACAGUACAUAUUGUUAGUGGUCACAUGAGAGCGAUGUGGACAGUAUGAAAAUCCACAUGGUGCCACUGUCCAUCUUGCCAUGAUCUUGUAUCCAAAAAAGCAUCUGUUACAAUGGAAUUAAUAUGUUGGUAUGCAUUUGGACAGCCGUGUAACUCCAGAGGCCCCAGUCCUGUGCUAUAACCAAGACUAAUGUAAAGCUUACUUUGUGUGUUGUCUUUUCGGUGGACUAAAGAAGCAACUGGGUGUGAGAAUCUGACAUGAUUCAGAUAAGUCAAAUGGAAGAUUAUUAACAUUUUUUCAUGACUGACUUAUAAAGUUGUAUUUUUGUUUAGUUGUAAAUUUAUUUUAUUUACAAUGGCCCACCCCAGUGCAUGUAAGCCCUUUGAGGUGCAAUAAAUUAAAUGACGGAUUGAACUACC